CUAAUUUGUCAACUCGGUAUGUAGUCCGCGUUUAUUGAUUGGAGGUUUGGAUUGCUGGUAUUAGAAUCCGAUGACCCAGACAUAUUGCCAGAUUCCCAUGAUAAGAUACAUUGCCUUCGGCUAGUAAUGGACUCCAGCCGGACAGAUGGUUCAGGGUAUUUAAUAUCUCAGAAAGUAUUUAAUAUCCGGCCAGGCGGGUAAGACGCCCACGAACUAUGAAGCAUCUCAAGUAAGCCUCUCUCGCUACCAAGAUCCAAUUAUUAGAAACCAGCCACAGUAGCGUAGCAGAACCUCUUCAACAUUCUUUACAGCUACCUCAUGUCCACUAGUAGUUAUAACUACUCUCUACCAACAUCACAAUGGCGAGACAGAAGCAUACCCAUGGCUUGAAGAGUAGGACAUCUCACAGCCACGCCGAACAUGUAGACUACUAUGGCUCAACAACCACUACGCCGUCAGAUUUCGCCGGUUUCGUGGAUCCCAUCAUGGACGGUUCAGCAAUCUUCGACGAGUUGUCCCACAAAAGUCUCUACUGGAUCGACGACACUGAUUCUUCACGGAAUCGUAUCAAUGGAGAUGAAGCACCAGUAACAUCUAUACAACACAUAUCAGGAAACAUGGCAUCGGUAGACCCCUAUUCAAAUACGCUGGACAAGUUAAGCGGCGGGAUGUCAGAGUUCUUAAGCAAUCAGAGUGCGGAUGACCAGUCAAUGGACCGGAAUGGGAAACAUCGGUGUUGGGAUCACGGAUGCAACGGGCGCGAGUUCUCAUCCAAGAGCAACUUCGUGAGGCACGUAAAGGAAAGGUCAGGAGCCAGCACCAAGGGUGUCUGUCCCCUAUGCGGGGCGAUUUUCACUCGUAACUCUGCUAGAGAUACGCAUCUGGCCAAGCAGAGCUGCAACAGGAUCCGUCGAUAUUCCAAUGGUCGACCGCGUCCCAGCCGGCUUGCAGUCCUGGGCAAUCCCCGCUUAGCUGCUGCUGCAGCGGCAGCCACCCAAGAUAUCCAUUGGCAAGCGGUGGACUGGGGCGUAGGCGUCAUGGGCGACUCAGGAGCGGCCGGAUUCCUGCUUCCGAAUUAAUGCCUACCGCAGGGCGCGUAGGGCGAGACAACUCGCAGGUACUGUAUUGGUUGUAUUGGUAGGUAGGUAAUUAGAUGGGAACGCCCAGGUACGAAUACCUAGGUUCAGGCGAAGUUUAGGAGACAAACUGGUUAUACCCCCUGUCAUUGAAGAUCCGUCAUGGAAUUCAGGACAGAUACGUAGGCGUAUGAGGACAUGAGAAUACCUAUGAGAGCGGCGCUACGUUGUCGGUUACAGUAGCAGGCGCAGAUCACGAUCACAUCAAGAUAAUAAGAAUAAUUCCAUCGAUCACUGUAACCACACAAUUGUGAAAUGUGGUAGAGAUCGGUGCCCAAUUCCUCCAGAGCCUUUUAAGUUGCCUUUUUAGGUGGGGGGUAUAAUGCUACGUUGAAG